AAUUAAUGAUGAUGGAUAAAAGUGUAUUUGUGACUGUUGGAUCAACAGGAUUUGAUAAAUUAAUUGAAACAGUAUUGUCAGAUGAAUCGUUGGAAAUCUUGAAAUUAAAAGGAUUUAAUAAGUUAAUUGUACAAUAUGGGAAAAGCAAAAAUGCAUUCCAAAAUAAUCUGGAAAAUAAUAUUGUGGCAAAUGAAGAUUUGAUGGAUAAUCAUCAGAUGGAGCUUGCAAUUGAGCUUGAUGGUCAAGGAUUUCUUGCAUAUAGUAAAACCUGGUAA